UAUCCGCCUCCUCCUCAACUACAAGCAUCGCCAGUCCCUAGUAUUCGCCAGACUUGCACACAUCACCAUCCCUCACUCUUCGCCUCGCUAGUUUUCGCUACAUUACGAUCGACGCUCUCAGUAUGUCAGGUUACCCUGAACAGUACCCUCAACAACCAUACCCACAACAGCCAAACCCCCAGCAACCAUACCCCCAGCAACCAUACCCUCAACAGCCAUAUCCUCAACAACCAUACCCUCAACAACCAUACAUCCAGCAACCACAGCAACAAUACAUUCCUCAACAAAGGCCAAACGUUGAGGUGGUCAUCAAGGAGAGGCAGCCACCACCGCCUCGAGUAGUGGUACAGCAGAGGCCGGUGGUCGUGAGGGAGACAGUGGUGGUGGAGGAGAGGCGUCGUGGCGGGGGAGCGCUGGGAGCCGCCGCUCUGGGAAUGGCGGUAGGCAUGGCAGCGGAGGCUGCCAUCGAGGAGGGCCACCACAACCGACACCACCACAACCGACACCACCACCACCACCAUCGUCGCUUCUAACACCGCGUCAUCGCAACUUACGACUCCUCCACCCUCACCACCACACAGGAGACUAUCACAGGAGUCUUAUGUAAGAGUUCCUUCCAUAAGUGACGAUAAGAAAACGCAUUUAAGUACUGUAACUAUAAUCUCAAUGUAAACUCCACGCCAUUAUGGUCGACAACAUUAUGCCUUACUCUAUGUGAACCAGAGAGAUGCGUCCUCUUGGCCUUGGCUGAGGAGGAAGGGGAUUGAACAUGCGAGAAUAUGAAAUAAUGAUAUGUAUGUUAUUUUAAAGAUAUAA